CCAGCAUGUCUUCAUCUGCCUUCUCCAAUUGUCUGGAGCUGAUGGGUCUCGACCCAUUCCUCGCAUCCUAUCAACGCGCUGAGGUGCUCAGGAGAGUCAAACAGACAUACGGCCCCAUCUCCUCCUUCUCCCAGUCUGUGAUUUCUCAGCUGGGUGCAAUAGCAACACAGUUGUCACUAGAUGAGCUGAAUGCCCUUCAAUUGACUGAGCGGAGAAGCAUCGCUGCUAUGGGUGCAGUCAGUGACUGGAGCAGCAGACAGCUGGCAGCACUGUUUUCCACCGUGUUAAACUCCACCAAGCAGAGUCCGAGCCAGCUUGACUCCAGCACGCUGGUGGCGAUGGGAUACAUUGUGUGUGGAGCUAAAGCCACAGAGAUGAGGUCUUUCAAUGCUGUAGAGUUCAGUAAGGCCGUUCUCUGGCUGGGUCAGCUGAGGCUGUCCUGUUCAGAGGAGCAGCUGCAAGCGCUUGUUGAGCUGCUGACCCACAGCCUCGCUUUUGGACUCAUGAGUUCCUGGGGGACUGAUGUGUUCAUUGAGAUCGGAGUUCUGGCAGCGGGUAUGCCAGACAUGGCCAUGUCAGCACUGGUGAAAGAACAACUUGAAGGAAUUACACCUUUGGCUAUCUCAAUGAUACCACAAGACAAGUUUGUUGUGGUAUUCCCCCCGGAUAAGAUCGCCAUGUUCUCUUAUGAGCAGGCUGUUGCAGUAACUCAGGGCCAGCGCUCUGUUCUGUCAGAUCUUCAGAAAACAGCUCUAGCUAUGGUGCUGACACCCUGGGAGGAUAAACCUGUAGACUUCAGAGGGAGGUCACUGGGGUUGGUGCUGAGCCACAGUCCCCUGUGCCUCAUAUCGGGACUGCUGAUACUGCUGACCGUCCUGUUCUGCCCUGGCACAUGACCCCGCUCACCCCACAGCUCAAUCAGGAGACCUCUUCAUCCACGUGAUGAUUGUUUGUCUGCACAAUUCUAAAUAAAUGACACUUAAAGAUGUAUAUAUACUGUUUUUAGUGACACUGUAAUUUAUCUUGUGCAGCGAUCAUUUUGACCUCAACAUUUAGCACUGAAAGAACAAAGUUAUUAGUUUAAGAGAGAAAAAGGUGUAUAUUUUAAUCAGCAAGUUUAUCUAAUAUCCACAUGUCUAUUUUCAUUACACUGGGACUAUUUAUUUACUUUUGUACAAUCCUAUAUAAACCCUUUACUGUCCCACUUUAUCCUUCUCAGGGAUGUGAAGCCAUACCUAGAAAUAAUACUUAAAAAUGAUAAAGGUUAGAAUAUAGUUAUUGUGUAGUUAUGAGAAAAAUCUGUUGCAAAUGUACAAAGUUAUUUAUUUUUUGGAAAUUAUAGAUUAUGUGGGUAACAGCUGUAACACUUUCUACAUUUCUAUAUCCAUCUUGAGUUAUCCUAACUACAAAACAAGAAGGUAAUGCUCA